CGCUCAUCAACUCGAACUCUCACCAACAACCAGCAGUUCAGAACCCUUCAAGCGCACCACGCCAUGGCAGCCGAACAGAGAAAGCUGCUCGAGCAGCUCAUGGGCGCGUCAUCGUCGUCGCGCGCCGCCCAGCUCUCGCUCAACGACCCCAAAGUCUGCCGAUCCUACAUCGUCGGCACGUGUCCGCACGAUCUCUUCACAAACACCAAGCAGGAUAUCGGCCAGUGCCCCAAGGUGCAUGCCGAGAGCCUCAAGACGGAGUAUGAAGGGCUUUCAGACCGAGAAAAGCACAAGUACGGCUUCGAGUACGACUACAUGCGCGACCUGCAAAAGUACAUUGACGAGUGCAAUCGCCGAAUCGAUGCGGCGCAGAGGCGUCUCGAGAAGACUCCAGACGAGAUCCGGCAAACCAAUGCUUUGCUCAAAACCAUCUCCGACCUCACAGCGUCCAUCAAUAGCGGCCUCCUCGAAGUCGAGAUCCUCGGCUCCCUAGGCGAAGUCUCCCGCGCCCAGGACGAGCUCUUCCGCGUGCGCCAAGCCGGCCAGCAAAAAGCCGAGCGCGAAAAGGAACUCAAGGCCCUCUCCGACACGUCGGGCCCGUCCGGCCACCAGAAGCUGCAGGUCUGCGACGUCUGCGGCGCCUACCUCAGCAGGCUCGACAACGACCGCCGGUUGGCCGACCACUUUUACGGCAAGAUGCAUUUGGGGUAUGCGCAGAUGCGGAAGACGUACGACGCGUUCCCCAAGGAGAUGAAGGGCAGGUCACGGCCCGCCAUGGAUGACGACGGCCCGGGAGGAGGACCCAGGGGGCCGAGAGGGCCCGGAGGGUAUCGGAGGGGGGGAGGAAGAGGUUACCGCGGCGGGUGGUAACGUCUGCCAGCUACCGUGGCAUCUUAAUAUCUUUGCAUUGCAGCUCGGCGUCAGGGAACGUUAUUGGAACUCUACGGAAGAUAAUCAGGGUAUAUUUGUGUUUAGGGGUGUUUUACUUUACUGGACGAGAUAAAAAGACGUAUAUAGGAUUCGGAAUACGGAGUGAUAUACCCCUUUCAAAUUCUGCAAGUCGCUCACCAUAGUCGCAAUCACACGGCGUUUUGGAC